AUGGAUGAAUUGGUAGAGUGGUGUAGAGACGUCGGACGCGUAAAUGGCUACGCCCUCGUCACCAAACGCACCAUCUACGAUAAACCCCCUAGCGGUCAGCCGUUAAAAAUUUGGCUUACGUGCGAUUGUGCCGGCGAGUACAAAUCAACAGCCACGGUCAGACGCAGCGGGACCAGGAAAACCGAUUGCAAGUUCCAACUGAUCGGGGCAUACAGAAAGAGGUUAGGUUAUUGGGAUCUAAGGGUUGAGGAAACUAAACAUAAGCAUGAACCAUUUCUGUAUCCAGAGGGUCAUCCGUCCCUAACGAGGCUGAGUCCAUCGGAAGAGAGGACGGUGGAGCAAAUGACGCAUCAGAACAUAAAACCACGAGACAUUCUUGCUGCCAUUAAAGAACAGAACCCCCAUAAUGUCUCAACAAGAAACACCAUAUACAACGCUCGGGCCAAAUUGGUCGAAUGGAACAAGUCGGCGAGACUCCAAUGCAGAUACUUUUCGACCGGUUGGAGAAGGUUGGACUCCACCUACAAGACGAAUCAGUACAAAAUGCCGCUAGUCCAGAUUAUCGGUGUUACAUCCACGUUGAUGUCGUUUUGCAUUGCUCAUGCGUUCGUAAGCAACGAGAAACAGGAAAACUUCACAUGGGUUCUACAGAGGUUGAAACACUCAUUAGACAGUGUUAUGGAACCCCGUGUAAUAGUAACCGAUAGAGAUCGCGCCCUAAUAAAGCAUGUACAACCAUGUUUCCCAGGGCUAGACAUUCAUUGUGUAGGUGGCACAUACAGCAAAACAUCUUCAAACAUUGCAGGCAAAGCUUUAAAACAGAGGAUAGCUGGGAUAGGUGAGACAACUGGCAAAUAA